AUGUCGAUAAGCCUAUCAUCGAUCCCAGCAGACGACCCCUUUGAUGGUGGUUCGCAACAAGGGCCGACGCCUAACCCUCACGGUGCUCCCGUGGGCAAGAGUAGUUCUAUGAAGAGCAACCUACAGGCUGGAAUGACUCGUAGUGUGAUUGCUAGUGCUGGGAAAACUGUGUUGAGCGGUGCUCGCGGUGUUGGCAGCUACGUCGUCCACAAUCCUAUGCGCAUCAAGAUUUUUAUGGGAAUGUUGUGGAUUUCUUCAUGGACGUUUUGGUUGGGAUUCGUAGGCCUGUAUCUCUGCUGUGUCGGAGUCGGGUACAUUGUCAUUCACUUCUUACACCAUGCUAGCGAGGAGAGUUCGCAGCAUGUGACCUUCGCCAUGGAGGACUCCCCAACUGAUAGAGUUUGA